AUGAUUGAGGAGCUACACAGAAAACCCCUAAAAAUAGAACUGAUAAAAAAUUUCAGCAAAACUAAACUAAUGUCAAACAAAGUUGACAAACCUAUGAUAAAAAUCCAAGGGACAGAGAUAGAACACGCAAAUGAAUAUACAUAUCUGGAUCAAAAUAUCAAGGUAAGCAAAGAAAAUCAGACUACCAAAAUAAGUAGACGUGUAAAAAUGGGUCUUCAUACGUAUUUAAAAAUAAAUAUAUACCUCAAUGACUGUGAACUAAAGUGUUUAAUUCCUGUAUCCUACCUGUACUUAUAUAUGGAGCCCAAACCUGGACAUUUACUAAAAUAAACAUGGAGAAGAUCAGAAAAACUCAGAGAGCUAUGGAACGACAGAUGCUAAGUAUCUCACACAAAGACCAUAAAACCAAUGAAGACAUUCGUAAUAGAACAAAAGU